AUGUCCUUCAACGUGGUCUGUUCAGUGGUGAAGAUGCAAUACAAUGUUACCAUAAUAAAGUUUUCAGAAUUGGAUGAGAAAGCCACAGAGAAAAGUGAUAAACCCAGACUAGAAGAUAAAGAUGAUGUAGAUGUAGCAGAGCCCACUGAUGACGGCCUCCUGGGUCAGCUGGUGAAAUACGGAGUGAAUCCUGGUCCUGUUGCGGGAACAGCCAGGAAGCUAUAUGAGAAAACGUUGUUGAAACUGAGGGAACAAGGAACAGACUCAAGAUCGUCUACUCCUUUGCCAUCUAUUUCUUCUUCAGCAGAAAAUACAAGACAGAAUGGAAGUAAUGAUGACAGAUACAGUGACAACGAAGAAGGAAAGAAGAAAGAACACAAGAAAGUGAAGUCCUCUAGGGAUUUUGUUCCUUUUUCUGAACUUCCAACUACUCCCACUGGUGGAUUUUUUCAGGAUAUUUCUUCUGAAAUCUCCACCCGUCCUCCUUUGGGCAGGACUGAACAACAGGCAGCUAAGAAAGUACAUGCCUCUGAGGGAGAUCCACCUAGGGAACCUCGUAUUGCCACACCUUUGCCUGGCAGAGAGCAUUUUCAGAAGUUAGCCUCUGGAGAGAAUUUGUUCAUUGCCUCCAAAUCUAGCCAUAAUAGAUGUUUAGAGAAAAGUUCUUCGACAUCUUCUCAGCAUGAACUCACUGCCAGGUUGGUCUCUGCUGCAGCUUCUUCUUCACUGACUAAAGAAACCACCGCCACUUGCUAUAAAGACACAGUAGAAAAUACUUACUGUGGAGAGAAAAGUGGAAUUCAACCAUUACGCAAUAAAAGGUCCCAUGUUUCAGAUCAGUCAGCUCUCUCCAGUGAGAGGAAAGCACUAGAAGAGUCUGAGAGAUCACAAGUAAUUUCUCCACCACUUGCUCAGGCAAUCAGAGAUGUUAAUUCUCUGCUGGUCCAGGGUGGGGUAGGUAGUGUGCCUGGGGCUUCUAACUCUACACCCCCACUGGAUGUAGAAAACAUCUGGAAGAGAAUUGGUCAAUCUGAUUUUCAGGAAACUGAAACCCUGUCUCCUCCACGAACAUUUCCUAAGCUCAGUGAAAAGUUGGUGGGGGAAAAGGAUACAGGUUCCUCUGUAGCAUUUCAAAAUGUACCUGGAUCUGAACUGAUGUCUUCUUCAGCCAAAACUGUCGUCUCUCACUCACUCACUACCUUAGGCAUAGAAAUGCCUAAGCAAUCACAGCCUGAUAAAAUAGAUGCCUCAGAGAUAUAUUUUCCCUUCCAUGGAUCUAUUUUAAAAAUUAUUGAAGAGGAGUGGCAGCAAAUUGAUAGGCAGCUGCCUUCAUUGGCAUGCAAAUAUCCAGUUUCUUCCAGAGAGGCAACACAGACAUUAUCAGUUCCAAAAGUAGGUGAUGAAAUCCUGGGGUUCAUUUCUGAAGCCACUCCACCUGCAAGUACCCAGGCAUCUUCCACUGAGUCUUGUGAUGAACAGCUGGACUCAGCACUUUGUAGGGCAUAUGCCUUUGUAGCUCGGGCUGUGCAAGCAGGCAUUAGUCGGGCUGCACAGAUUCUUAGCUCAGAUCCUAGUUGUUUGCACCAGGUACUUGGGAUUCUGAGCAAAACACAUGAUGCAGCUUCAUUUCUUUGGGAAGCUGCGUUUGAUGAAGUAAAGGUGGCUGCACAUACCAUGGGAUCUUCUACUUUAGGUCGCCGAUAUCUCUGGCUAAAGGAUUGCAAAAUCAGUCCAGCUUCUAAGAAGAAAACGGCUGUUAUUCCCUUUAAAGGUGAAACAUUAUUCAGAGGAGAAGUAUACAAAGUAAUUAAAAAGCGUGGCAAUAAACACUAAUAAAGUCAAGAGUAAAUACAUACAUUUUAUCUUUAAUAUGGGAGACUUAGAAGCUUUUCUAGGAAUCCCAAGUGCCUUUUUGUGAAAAUUUUCCUUGAAAGUCUUUCUAGUGUCCAGAUUGGGCUAAUUUCAAGCUCCUACCCAGCAAAUUACAGUCUACAAAUAAUAGCCUGUGUAAACUACUUUUUUUUAAAAAGUUGCACAGAUAGAAAGCCUGAUAGAAUUUAAAGUUUUCUAGAUCACAUCUUUUCCUGUUUUACUUAAGAUUUUAUAACUCUUCAAAAUUAGAAAAAUUCCAUUAACUAGAGUAUAGAGACUUCAGUUUUAAAUACUAGUAAAUAUCCUUUCACUUUCAAAAACUCAUCUACAUUUUUUUCUCGUUUUCUUACUUUUGUUUUUUACUUCUGUCUGCAGUAUCAUUCAUAAUACUUAUAUCUGUGCAACUUAAAGUACCUGUCUUCAAACUUACUGGUCAACAGACAAAAUAAGCAUGCUCCAGAAUUUGAACCUAGCGAUAUUUUAGGUCAAUGACAAGGUUUAUUUUUGUGUUAAAAUUUUAUUGAUAAAACAGUAUGCUGAUGGACAUCUGGUGCAAGCGCUUCAUGGACUGGCAGCAAACAGUUCAUGGACAAAACUUUGAGAAAUAUUGCUCUAGGUCAGUUCUGGGACAGUGCUUUCUCGCCGUCACUGUAGUCUGUCAGAUGAACUAGACAAUGGAAAGAUGGGCUUUUUUUCUUGAUUUUUAAGUAACACUUUCGAAGUAUGUCAUAGUUCAUGGAUGAUUAGGCUUAAUCUAAAUUAUAAAAGCAAAUUUGAGUUACUAGCUUUUUCUUAAAAAGUCCUAAGAAAUACCCCAAUGUCUAUGUGUCUAUAUAAAGCUGUAUAUUAACGUCUGUUUUCAUUUCUUGUUGUAAGUUGUAAGACAAGUUACCUGUAGAAACAUUUGGGUUUUUUGUUUUUUGUUUUGUAUUUUUAUGGAAAGUAGUAGUAGUAGUAAGUAUAAGCAAAAUAUGGCCCCUUGGGUACUCCUAGCCAUUAUUAUAUUCUUAGACUAUAUGUGUCCAUCUCUGUAGCUUUCUUGGAGUAAUUUUACUUGUUAUUUGUCUUCUGAAAUGUACAUGUAUACAUGUACCUACUAAGUGCUAUGUGAUUUUUUAAAAAUGUAUUACUGUAGAAUGCUUCUGCAAAUUCAAUAAAGUUAAACUUGAACAACA